CUGUGUGUGUAAAGAAGGGGAGAUUGGAGAUGGGAGAAGUUGCUAUAAAGAUCUCUUGAGUGAAAUAAAUCAGCAUAAUUCACGAGGAAGACAACCAAUUAGCCAGAAUCUGACUCCUAAGCUUGCAUACAUGAAAUCGUUUCGAUAUCAAGACCUGCCGGGGGAACUGUACAAUAUUUUGCAAUCGAACCUACCAGCAGCCAAUGGCGUCAUGCAUAUCGUUAGUGCCCUAAGGAAAAAAACCGGCCCUGACAACCUCAGAAACCCACAGAAAACCAUUGGUGAGAUCCUUGCUUCAAUGGAGAUCUUCAGUAGAUUUGAAACUAUACUGGAGAACUGUGGCCUGCCUGCAAUACUGGAUGGACCAGGUCCCUUUACUGUAUUUGUACCCAGCAAUGAUGGUGUGGAUAAGUUGAGAGAUGGAAGGCUCAUUUAUCUUUUCACAGAGGGCAAAAAUAAGCUUCAGGAACUUGUGAAACAUCAUAUCUAUGCUUCAGCAGCGGUGACUGUAGAGAAACUGAUGAUCAUGCCACACAUUGUUACUAUGGCUAACCAGAUACUUACCAUCAACAUCAGUGAAGAUGGAAGAAUUCUGAUGGAUGAAUCAGGGAUUCCCUUAAACAUGCGAGACAUUGUGGCGUCAAAUGGUAUUAUUCAUACCUUGGAUGGCAUCUUCAUCCCUCCCUCAAUAAUUCCCAUUUUGCCUCACAGAUGCAAUGAAGAGCAACAUAAAAUUGUGCUGGGCUCUUGUGUGGAUUGUGAGGCCCUCAACAACAGCAUUUGCCCACCGGGCAGCAGAGAAAUGGAACCAACGCUCUUACCAAAAGAAUGUGUCUACAUUCAUGAUCCACAAGGCCUGAAUGUCCUGAAGAAGGGGUGCGCCAGGUACUGCAAUCAAACUGUCACGAAACCUGGAUGCUGCAAAGGAUUCUUUGGUCCAGACUGCAUGCCGUGCCCAGGGGGAUUUUCCAGUCCGUGUUAUGGCCGGGGAAAUUGCAGCGAUGGCAUAGAAGGGAAUGGCAACUGUCACUGCUUUGAAGGUUUCAAAGGAAUAGCCUGCCACAUCUGUUCAAACCCCAACAAGCAUGGCGAGAACUGUGACCAAGAUUGUGGCUGCAUCCAUGGUGUCUGUGACAACAGGCCUGGCAGUGGCGGUGUGUGUCAGUCCUGGUCCUGUAAGGAAGGCUAUACCGGGAAAUUCUGUGACAAGACAUCCAAGAACUGUGGCCCGACUGGGCUGUCCCAGUACUGCCACCAGAAUGCUGUCUGCAGCCUCAAUGACACAGCAAGGUGCAUCUGCAUGGAUGGAUACGAAGGGGAUGGGUUUUCCUGCCAGCCCAUCGACCUGUGCAGUCAGCCAGAACGAGGAGGCUGUUCGCAGAAUGCCCUGUGCACCAGUACAGGCCCCGGCACUGCCACCUGCCAGUGCAACACAGGCUGGACUGGGGACGGAAAGGCCUGUGUGGCUAUAGACAACUGCAUGCUGGAGAGCAGAGGGAACUGUCACAUCAACGCCGACUGCGUUUAUAUCGGCCCUGGCCAGAGCGAGUGUGUCUGCAAGAGGGGUUAUGCUGGUGAUGGCCACAACUGUGAUGCAAUCAACCCAUGCCUAAUGGACAACGGUGGCUGCCAUGACUUGGCUACGUGUGUACCUCUUGGAGGAGGAGAGAGAUCCUGCGCUUGCCCUCAAGGCUACAUGGGGGAUGGCAUAACAUGCUAUGGGGACAUUCUAAAAGAGUUGGCCAGGAAUUCCCACUUUGCAGGUUUCUACGACUGGCUUAAGAAAUCUCUCUUCAGCAUCCCAGCAGGAACCAAUGUCACUCUCCUGGUGCCAUCGGAGGCAGCUAUCAAAAACUUGAGCAAGACAGAGAAAGAUUUCUGGUUGACCCCCUACAUGCUGCCAUUUUUAGUUAGGGCCCACUUUCUUGAAGGCAUCUUCACUGGUGAAAAGCUCAAAAAGUAUGACAGGCCAGAAUUACCCACCCUCAACCCCCAGACCAGAUGGCAGAUAAACACCAACAGCAGCAUAUUAACCAUCCAGAAUGCGAGCAUAGUUGUCAGCGACAUCCCUGCCAGCAACGGCAUUAUUCAUGUCCUCAGUAAGGUGUUGUUGCCACCUUUAGGAGAUAUCCCACCAAGUCCUCCAGGUCUGCAGGAACAGCUUGAGACUGUUGCCUCGUUCAGUACAUUCAAAGACUUGCUACAGCAAUAUCAGCUCAUUGGAAAAAUUGAGUCCUCUGAAAAAUAUACAGUUUUUGUUCCUGGAAAUAAUUCCAUCGAGGAGUACUGCCAUGCUGCCAAUGUGACACAGUUGGAUAAUGAGACAGUGCAGUACCACAUUGUACUGGGAGAGAAGCUCUUGCCUGCGGACUUGAGAAGUGGAAUCCAUAAGAACAGCAUGUUAGGGCUCUCCUACUGGCUAAUGUUUUAUCAAAACAGCACCCAGAAGUUUGUCAAUAAUAUUCCUUUGGAUGGAAAAUUUCUUGAGACGAAGAAUGGCAUGUUGAUCGGGGUUUCACAGGUCCUCCAGAUACAGAAGAAUCGUUGCACUGCCAAUACCACCACCAUACAAAAGUCAAGAUGCGGCAAGUGUGAGAAGGGGAUCAAGUGUCCUCCUGGAUCAGUUCUUGUGGAAUUACCAGGCAGCAAGAAUCUUGCUCGCUGUGAAUUACGCUCUGGGGAUACAGGAAUACUUGGCUGCCAUUUCACCUGUGCAAAAGUUUCUCUGAGGUCUGUCUGCUGCCCUGGCUACUACGGACACAUGUGUGAGAUGUGCCCAGGGAAGCCAGGCCAGUGGUGCUCCGGGAAUGGGGAAUGCCAGGAUGGCAUCGAGGGCAGUGGAGAGUGCCAAUGCCUGGAGGGUUUCCAUGGCACUGCCUGUGAAAUGUGUGAAGUGGGCCGAUAUGGAGCUGACUGCAAAUCAGAAUGUGCCUGCGACAACGGCAUAUGUAACGAUGGACUGCAAGGGGAUGGGAGCUGCAACUGUUUCCCGGGAUGGAAGGGCCCUACCUGCCAAGAAAGAAUUGAGAUUGACUUAUGCAAUAACACCUGUCAUCAAAUGGCCAACUGCCUCAAUAGUUCUGCAGAUUCCCCACCUACAUGCUCCUGCUCUGCUGGAUACACAGGGAAUGGGACCCAUUGCACAGAAAUAGACCCGUGCACUGUCGAUCAUGGUGGCUGCUCUGUACAUGCUGUGUGUACUAAAGUGUCCCCAGGAGAGAGAACCUGUGUUUGCAAGGAAGGCUACGCUGGAGACGGGACGCUUUGCAUGGAAAUUGAUCUCUGUCUUGAAAGCAACGGGGGCUGCCACACCAACGCAGAGUGCAUUAAAACAGGCCCGAGGAAGGUUGCCUGCAACUGUCUUCCUGGUUACAGUGGGGAUGGAGUGAGCCAGUGCAACCCCAUCAACUUGUGUGAACAGAACAACGGAGGCUGUAGUCCAUUUGCGCUCUGCAAGUACACGGGCCCUGGCACUCGAAACUGCUCCUGCUCUUGGCACAGUGUUGGAGAUGGCUUCACCUGCCAUGGCAAAGUGUAUCAGGCGGAAAACAUCAAGGAACUCAGUGGGGCAGGGCCUUUCACUGUCUUCGUCCCACAGACAGAUUUCAUCAGAAACACCACAACAUUUGAGGAGUGGAGGAGCAGGGGUCUCCUCCGGGACCUGCUUCGCUACCACAUGGUGGGUUGCAAAAAACUGCUGUCCAGUGACCUGGAAGCCCAGGAGUCCCUGACAUCUUUAUCUGGCCACAAAAUAAAAAUCACAGUGAAAGAGAAUAGCAUCUAUCUCAAUGAGGAAGCCAAAGUGGUUGUGAGUGACAUCAUCGGCGUUAACGGACUCAUUCAUUUCAUCAACAAGAUCCUCAUUCCAAGUGACCUGGUGGACCGUAACAUUUCCUCAAAGAUCUCACAGCAAAGUAUCACAGAGGUGGCAGAGGCCUUUGGGUACACCAUUUAUAGCAAGCUGCUGCAGGACGCGGAGCUGCUUCCACUGAUUAGUGAUCCCCUGCAUAGACCGUUCACCAUGCUGUGGCCCACAGAUGCUGCAUUUAACGCCCUCUUGGAGAAAAGGCAGAAGUGGCUGUACCGCAGAGAGCACCGGGACGUGCUGGCCUCCUACCUCAAAGCGCACAUGAUCAGGGACACAAGGAUUGUUGCUGGUAAUGUGCCCCAAGUCAAAUCCCUACGGACCAUGCACGGCUUCACCAUCUCAUUCAGCUGCAGCAAAACCCAGGUGGGGGAGCUUCUGGUGGGGAACGGUGAUGCCACCAUUAUCGAGAGGCACAUGGAAUUCAAUGGAGGCAUUGCUUAUGGCAUCGAUAGGCUGUUGGAACCACCAGAUCUGGGAUCUCGGUGUGAUGAGUUCAUCCUUGUUGAGCUGCAGCGAUCUGCAGAGAGCUGCGGACUCUGUGGCUUCGAGCCACCCUGCCCUGCUGGCUCCGUUCAACAGGGGGAAACCAGGCGCUGCUACUAUUACGGAAACCAGCUGUUGAGAAACACUUUUCUGUUUCACCACAACUCCCUGUUGCGGCCGUCCUGGCCGCCCUCCCCGUGGGACUCCUUCAGAAGACGCUUCUCUUCCAGGGGGCCUCUGAAACGAGGCUGCAAGAGGAGCUGCAUGUCCACGCAGUGGGUCCCUCAGUGCUGUGCGAACCACUAUGGCCGAGAUUGUCAGGCGUGUCCGGGAGGGCUGGAGGCGCCGUGCAGUAACCGUGGUACCUGCGAUGACAAAAUCGGUGGCUCGGGGAGAUGCAACUGCAGCCAGGCUUUCAUUGGGAGCAGCUGUGAGCUGUGCGCCCCCGGCAGAUACGGGCCAGAGUGCCGAGAGUGUAACUGUAGUGAGAAUGGCGUGUGCAACGGAGGACUGCAUGGCGAUGGCUUCUGCUUCUGUGCCGAGGGCUGGACCGGAGAACACUGCGAAAUCAGACUAGAUAUGACGCCCACCUGCUCUCCACCAUGCCACCCCCAGGCCAUGUGCCGCUCUGGCAACCUCUGUGAAUGCAACCUACACUACGAAGGAGAUGGGAGAAUGUGCUCAGUGAUCGACAUGUGUAGCCAGGACAAUGGGGGCUGUGCCAGCCACGCAUACUGCACGCAGGUUGGCGUGAACGUCUCUUGUGCCUGCGCUUCCGGGUACAGAGGCGACGGCUACGUCUGCGACCCCAUAGACAGGUGUGCGGAUGGUAGGAACGGGGACUGCAGCCAGCACGCUAACUGCAUCAGCACCGGGCCGAAUGAGCGGCACUGCGAGUGCAAGCGGGGAUACGUUGGUGACGGGAUCCAGUGCCUGGAAGAGGCCGUGCCCCCCACGGACCGCUGCCUGGAAGACAACGGGCAGUGCCAUCGGGAGGCCAUUUGCACUGACCUGCACUUUCAUGAUAAGACUAUGGGCGUAUUUCAUCUGCAGUCACCCCGAAAAAAAUACGACUUCACUUACGAGCAGGCUCAGGCAGCCUGUGCUGCAGAAGGCGCUUCCCUGGCCACUUUCCGGCAGCUCUCGGCAGCACAACAGAUGGGAUUCCAUCUGUGCUUGGUGGGUUGGCUGGACAACGGCACAGCCGGAUACCCCACGGCCUACCCCAACCCCAGCUGCGGGGCUAAUCGAGUGGGCAUUGUGGACUACGGCUCCCGAAGCAACCUGAGCGAAACCUGGGAUGCGUUCUGCUACCGGGAGAAGGACUUGACUUGCACCUGCCAGGACGGGUUUGUGGGAGAUGGGUAUUGGUGCAGCGGCAAACUCCCUGAUGUGCUCGCAGAUGACGCUCGCUUCUCCACCUUCUAUUCCAUGUUGCUCGAUUUUGCUAAUGACACAGAAGAAGGGCUGGAUUUUUUCAUCUCUUUAUCUGAUGACUCCGCUCCCAAAACUCUCUUUGUCCCUCUGAAUUCUGGCUUCGCAGACAAUGAAACGCUGACAGGAGAAGAACUGAAGCUCCACGUGUCAUCCAGCAAUGUCGUACUGUUCAGCUUCAACCUCACAACAGGCACCAUCAUCCCCUCCCAGUCAGGAUAUGACCUCCAUGUGUCAGACCUCCCAGAUGCCAAGGGGAUCAAUGACACGAUGAUUGUGGAGUGGGACAUCAUCGCUUUCAACGGCAUCAUUCAUGUGAUCGCAGAGCCCCUGAGGAUCCCACCGCCCGUUGUGCAUCUUGGUCAG